ACGCAGUUAAAAAAAAAAAAUAGGAAAUACCUUUACCGUUUCCGUUUAACCCUUUAAAUGAAACUGAAAACAACCUUCGAUUCAAUUUUUCAGUUACAACGUCCCACUCAUUGCCCAUCAUUCUUCAAUUGCAUCAUCUGCCUCUGCCCUGAGAUUCAAAAUCUCUAAUCCAUUUCAGAUCCGAUACACAAAAAUCUUACACAACUCUUUGAAAGAAGUAAUGCGUAGCCGCGGAUCCAGUAACCGGCUAGCUGCUGCUGCUGGUGGUGGUGGUCGUUCGGCUUUCACGUCUCGAGUCUCGUUUCUUUUGCUAGCUAUGUUUGCAACCAUGGCCACGAUUUACGUCGCCGGCCGUCUAUGGCAGGACGCGGAGAAUAGAUUGCAUUUAGCUGAAGAGUUUGAGAGGAGAAAUAGUAAGGUUAAAUCUGCCAUAUCGGUUGACGAUACUCUAAAACUUCUAUCCUGCAGGGAACAAAAGAAGAAGUUAGCAAUGGUUGAGAUGGAUCUGGCUGCAGCUAGGCAAGCAGGUUUUGUUUCGAAGCACUCUCCAGAGAAGGGAGAUGGUCAUUCUAAGAAGAAGCUAUUAGCUGUUAUUGGAAUCAUUACUACAUUUGGCCGCAAGAAAAACAGAGAUGCAAUUCGCAAGGCAUGGAUGCCGACUGUGACAAUAUGUGCUGGUGCAGGUAUUAAAAAACUGGAGGAUGAAAAGGGCAUUGUUGUACGAUUUGUCAUAGGCAGAAGUGCAAAUCGUGGAGACAGUUUGGACAGGGAGAUUGACAGCGAAAAUAGGCAGACUAAUGACUUCAUUGUUCUUGAUGGACAAGUGGAGGCAACUGAGGAGGCUCCAAAAAAGACAAAAUUAUUCUUUAUAAAUGCUGUAGAGAACUGGAAUGCUGAAUUUUAUGUUAAGGUCAAUGAUGAUGUUUUUGUUAAUAUUGAUGCCCUGGGAGCUACACUUUCCACUCAUUUGGAUAAGCCUCGGGUUUAUAUUGGGUGUAUGAAAUCAGGCGAAGUUUUUUCUGAGCAGAACCACAAAUGGUAUGAACCAGACUGGUGGAAAUUCGGUGAUGGAAAAUCAUACUUCCGACAUGCCUCAGGUGAAGUCUAUGCCAUUUCACAAGCUUUGGCUCAGUUUAUUUCAAUUAACAGGUCUAUUCUUAGAACAUAUGCACAUGAUGAUGUCAGUACUGGAUCAUGGUUCAUUGGACUCGACGCAAAGUUCAUUGAUGAAGGGAAAUUUUGUUGCUCCUCAUGGUCAACUGGAGCAUUAUGUGCAGCUGUGUGAUUAGACUCUCCUCAGAAUUGAAAUGCAACCUUGAUACAUUUAGAUGAAAUUAAUCAACAAUUUAGUAAGGGAUGCCACUCUUUUUCGUGCAUCAUCUCUAAUGCUUCUCGACAUACCCACAAAGAUUCAUAUAAUCCAUUGGAGAUGAGUUGUAGUUGAUGCUGGUGUGGUAUGGUUGAUUUAUGAUCAAUUCCUGCCUCUGAAAAGCUAAUCAAGAUUUAGAAAACAGCAGUUGGAUGAAAGCAGCACGCUUCUACCUGAAGCAGAUUUUGGAAGACUUGUUGGCAGCCACUCAUCCCAAGUUUAAUCCCAAAUUUUGUUAACUGAAUUUUCCUUGACGAAAUUUAUUCUUUUGCUUUGUAAACACGACAUUGUAAUCUUUACAGUAAAACACUUAUUUUUAGUGUGGAA